AUUUUGUUCCUCCAUUAUGUUCGGCUCUCUUUAGAACAAAGAUUAGCCUCAAGGUUAUACUUCUAUCUCACUGAUGAUGCCUUUGCUUAGCUAAAAUUAGGAUGAGUCUUAAAUUAUUAAGUCAAGACUAUCGUGUAAGACUUGUUUUCCUCCUGGAAGAAGUUACCUUUGAUUGCUCAUAUAGUGGUUUUCAAUAAACUCUUAAAAUUCUUGUGAUUAAUCUAUCUUAAUUAGCAGUGAGGUCAGGUCGUUUUGGCGGCUAGUGGCAUAACUGUAUAAAAACUCAGGAUUGCACUGAGGUAAGCAACCUAACGCAGCAUUGAAAGACACCAACCUGGAAAAUGCUGAGAGUAUUCUUCAGUAUUUUCUCAAAAGUCUUGUGAAAUUCGUGUAUUUGUGUCAAUAUGUCGACAUUUCUCUUCAUACACAGAUACUGUCGCUUUUGAUUCCUGGUUUGGCUCGUUGAAAGUCAAAAAGCCUUCAUUAUUUUAAUACAUGAUUGAGCUUCUGCGUUAAGGCCAAGUUUCGUCAUUGUUACCGUGGUUGACUUCGUAUGCAUGUUAUAACAUAAGAAAAUGUUCUUGUUUGUUGAUUGCUCCCUCUGUUAAAUCAAUCAUCUCUUUUCUUGUAUUGCAAAAAAUUUAUGUUUGUUCUUGUUCAUUCUCUUGAGUGAAUUAGAGGAAUGUUUUGAGUGUCUCAUAUGGAGUGUGUUGGAGAAAGGAGCUUCGAUCCAAGCAAAGGGGAAAAGUGUUGGCUUCAUGAGGCUUCGAUGCAGCGUUAAACGCUGAAUCUAGGCCAAUCAAGAGGGUGAUAGAGAGAGAUGAUGGGCAAACCAGGUUCGCUGCAGCUGCUAAUGGAUGAGAAGAUAUAUGUUGCAGUGGGGAGUGACUUGGGGAACAAGUCCACUCUAGUUUGGGCGAUACAGAACACUGGAGGUAAGGAGUUCUGUAUCGUCCAUGUUCACCAGCCGCUCUACAGAAAAGACAAGGAAAAGGCACAAAAGAUCCUGGACAAGUACCUACAAACAUGCAGGCAAAUGCAGGUUUGUGCUGAGACGAUACACAUCGAAAUGGACUCGGUAGAGGAAGGUAUCAUCCAAUUGAUAUCAGAGCGCCACGUUAAGAAGCUCGUCAUGGGAGCUGCAUCAGACAGACACUAUUCAAUGAGGAUGGCAGAUCUGUUGUCCACGAAAGCCAUUUACAUUCGUCAACAAGUUCCUGCUACUUGUUGUAUAUGGUUUACUUGCAAAGGAUACCUGGUAUAUAAAAGGGAAGCUAUCACGGGUAACACCUCUCUAGAGUAUGCAUCUACAAGUUCUGAUCAAGAUUCAGUCCGUUCACGAGGAUCUGUUAUACCUUCGGGCCAAUACACGAUAUCUAGAGGAAAUGGAAAUGUGUAUCAAUUAGCUGUCUUUGAAGCUGAGAAAUCGAAAAAAGAAGCAAGCUUGGAGGCUUUCAAGCAUCAAGAAGUUGAAAAAGAGAAAAAUGAAGCAAUCAAAAGGGCUAAAGAAUGGGAAAAUGCCUAUUUCGAGGAGUUGAAACAAAGGAAAGAAACAGAGAUGGAGCUGAAGAAAGUGAGAGAAAAACUCGAAAAUAUGAGGUAUAUAUCUGAGAACCGAAUAACCGAGUCUUAUAUGCUGGUACAAAAGCUGCAAGAUAAGUAUAACUUGGCAACGAAAGUGUUGAGAAAAGCAAAGGAAGAACGAGAUAGAUUGAUAAAAGGACGCGACAUAGCAAUUAUAGAAGUAGAGGAGCUAAGAAAAAUCCAUGAGAAGGUCUCUCGAUCUGAUGAGCACCGUGAAGCUCCUCAGUACUUCAUCUGUCCCAUUUCACUGGAAGUGAUGAAGGAUCCACAACUAGCAGCAGAUGGAUUUACAUAUGAAGCAGAAGCCAUAAGCACAUGGCUUCAGAGAGGACAUGAGACUUCCCCAAUGACAAACAAGAAGCUUCUUCAUACAAAGUUAGUUCCAAAUCUUGCUCUUCGAUCUGCAAUCCAGGAAUGGCUUCACGCUUCAUCCUCUUCCAGAAAGUGAAUAGAAAUAAAAUCACACUAAAAUAUAUUCUUAAGCAUUUGCUUCAACGGACUCGUCUCUGCUUGUAAUGUAUAUUAAACCGAUGUAAUUUGAAAGACCGUUUCUUGAUUAUUUUUUCUCCAUGUUUUAUUUAUUUUCUUAUUAAUACAAUCUGACCAUAUGCAUUA